AUGUCCUUCGGCAGAGACAUGGAGUUGGAGCACUUCGACGAGCGGGACAAGGCGCAGCGCUACAGCAGGGGUUCCCGGGUCAACGGGCUGCCCAGCCCCACCCACAGCGCCCACUGCAGCUUCUACCGCACCCGCACGCUGCAGACUCUCAGCUCCGAGAAGAAGGCCAAGAAGGUCCGCUUCUACCGCAAUGGAGACCGCUACUUCAAAGGCAUCGUCUAUGCCAUCUCUCCAGACCGCUUCCGGUCCUUUGAGGCCCUGCUGGCCGACCUGACCAGAACUCUGUCGGAUAACGUGAACCUGCCCCAGGGGGUGAGGACCAUCUACACUAUUGACGGGCUCAAGAAGGUCUCCAGCCUGGACCAGCUGGUGGAAGGAGAGAGCUAUGUGUGCGGCUCAAUCGAGCCCUUCAAGAAACUGGAAUACACCAAGAAUGUGAACCCCAACUGGUCCGUGAACGUCAAGACCACCUCAGCCUCGCGGGCAGUGUCUUCGCUGGCCACCGCCAAGGGCAGCCCUUCCGAGGUGAGGGAGAACAAGGAUUUCAUUCGUCCCAAGCUGGUCACAAUCAUCAGAAGCGGGGUGAAGCCGCGGAAAGCGGUCCGUAUCCUGCUGAACAAGAAGACGGCUCACUCCUUCGAGCAGGUGCUCACCGACAUCACCGAUGCCAUCAAGCUGGACUCCGGAGUGGUGAAGCGUCUAUAUACCCUGGACGGGAAGCAGGUGAUGUGCCUUCAGGAUUUUUUCGGUGACGAUGACAUUUUUAUUGCCUGUGGACCAGAGAAGUUCCGUUAUCAGGAUGACUUCUUGCUAGAUGAAAGUGAAUGUCGCGUGGUGAAAUCGACUUCUUACACCAAAAUAGCUCCGUCAUCACGCAGGAGUGCCACGAAGAGCCCGGGCCCUUCCAGGCGUAGCAAGUCCCCAGCGUCCACCAGCUCAGUUAAUGGAACCCCUGGUAGCCAGCUCUCUACUCCACGCUCCGGAAAGUCUCCCAGCCCAUCGCCCACCAGCCCUGGAAGCCUCCGGAAGCAGAGGAGCUCUCAGCAUGGCGGCUCCUCCACCUCUCUUUCAUCCACCAAAGUCUGUAGCUCGAUGGACGAGAACGAUGGACCUGGAGAAGAAGUGGUGGAGGAAGGCUUCCAGAUCCCAUCCACAAUAGCAGAGAGGUACAAGGUCGGGAGGACCAUAGGAGACGGGAAUUUUGCUGUUGUCAAGGAAUGUGUGGAAAGGUCGACUGCUAGGGAAUAUGCUCUGAAAAUUAUCAAGAAAAGCAAAUGUCGGGGCAAGGAGCACAUGAUACAGAACGAGGUGUCUAUCUUAAGGAGAGUGAAGCACCCCAAUAUCGUUCUGCUGAUUGAGGAGAUGGACGUGCCGACUGAACUGUAUCUCGUCAUGGAACUAGUGAAGGGUGGGGACCUCUUUGACGCCAUCACUUCCACCAACAAGUACACUGAGCGUGACGCCAGCGGAAUGCUGUACAAUCUGGCCAGUGCCAUCAAAUACCUGCACAGCCUGAACAUCGUGCACCGGGACAUCAAGCCGGAGAACCUGCUGGUGUACGAACACCAAGAUGGCAGCAAGUCACUGAAGCUGGGUGACUUCGGGCUGGCCACCAUCGUGGAUGGCCCCUUAUACACCGUGUGCGGCACCCCGACAUAUGUGGCUCCGGAAAUCAUUGCUGAAACUGGGUACGGCCUCAAGGUGGACAUCUGGGCGGCGGGCGUGAUCACGUACAUCCUGCUGUGUGGCUUCCCGCCGUUCCGUGGAAGUGGGGAUGACCAGGAGGUGCUUUUCGACCAGAUUUUGAUGGGACAGGUGGACUUCCCGGCGCCAUACUGGGACAACGUGUCUGACUCAGCCAAGGAGCUCAUCACCAUGAUGUUGCUGGUGGAUGUGGACCAGCGAUUCUCCGCCAUCCAGGUCCUGGAGCACCCCUGGGUCAAUGAUGAUGGCCUCCCAGAAAAUGAGCAUCAGCUGUCAGUAGCUGGGAAGAUAAAGAAGCAUUUCAAUACAGGUCCCAAGCCAAACAGCACCACCGCUGGCGUCUCUGUCUUAGCAACCACCGCUCUUGAUAAGGAGAGGCAGGUUUUCCGACGAAGACGCUACCAGGAUGUGAGGGCGCGGUACAAGGCUCAGCCGGCACCCCCAGAACUCAACUCAGAAUCGGAAGAUUACUCCCCCAGCUCCUCCGAGACUGUGCGUUCCCCCAACUCGCCCUUUUAA